AUGGAUCCUAACUACAGUGAUCAAAUCAUACUUGAAAUUGUUAGGGAUCUUUUUUCUUAUGAUGAAGCAGCACAUAAAAGAGUAUUAGAUCAUUAUUUCACUGAUGACGCAGUUUUAUCCCAUCCAUUCUUGACCGUUGAUGGGACCCAUAAUAUCCGUAAGGUUUUUCGUGUUUGGACUACUUUCAAUCAACAAGAACCUGAAUUUAAAAUUAAAGAGGAUGUAGUUUUUGAUGGAGUCACAGCCGUGAUUUCCGUUAAGCAACAUUUACGUCCAAGUAUAUUUCCCUUAAUCCAUUUUGCCGUACCUGCUAUAACGACACUUAGGUUUCGUCAAGAAUCAGAUAAAUUGCUCUACAUUUAUAGACAAGAAGAUAAUUGGACCCUUGAAGGACUUAUUCAAAGUGUUCCUUUAGUCAAUUGGUUUUAUGAAAAUCUCAUUCGUAAGCUAGUUGUUGGACGUUUAAUUAUCGGGACUGGUUCUUUAAUCUCUUCUGCUAAAUCCUACAUGAAGUAA